CUGACAUGCAAACUUUCAGGGUUCAUUUCAUUCCGCUAGAGAAUGAUUGGACCCCUUUAAAAAAUUGAACAUUGCUAUUAGUACAUUAUUAAAUCCGCGUUUCCUACAUUGUUUUAACUCCUAUUCUCUCCGAGGAACCUCAUUUUUUUACUCCUGUCUCUUUACAACCUGUUUCAUCGUAGCUUUAUUUGGUUUUCUAGAUAGCUGGGUUUCCUCCGCUCUCUAGUUAAUUGUCGCUCCUUAGAUUUAGCUACAAAACUCCCCUCAUCGCAAAGAUGCCUGGGCGAACUCUGCCGACCCUCACCCAAGCCGAGGUCGAGUCGCAUAACACCGUGAAGUCUUGUUAUGUUACCAUCGGCACCAACGUCUAUGAUGUGACCGACUUCGUCGAAUCCCACCCCGGCGGUUCCGAUCUAGUUCUCGAAUAUGCCGGGAAGGAUGUUACCGAGAUCCUCAAAGACGAAGACUCCCACAAGCACUCCGACUCCGCUUACGAAAUCUUAGAGGAGUCACACAUCGGAUUCUUAGGAACUCAGAAGUCCAACGGCAAGGCGCAGAACGGAAGUGCUACGGGAUCUCAGGCCAACGGAAGCGCCCCUUCCGUUCACCCCCGGACGGGCAUGUCCUGCGAGGAGGAUCUGACCAAGGAGACGGACUACAACACGGAUUACAAGCAGCACAGAUUUCUUGACUUGAACAAGCCGCUCUUGAUGCAAGUGUGGAAUGGCGGUUUUAGUAAGAGAUUCUAUCUAGACCAAGUCCACCGACCGCGACACUACAAAGGAGGCGCAUCUGCGCCUUUGUUCGGAAAUUUUCUUGAGCCGCUCAGUUUAACCCCUUGGUGGGUGGUGCCGACUUUAUGGCUACCUCCCGUUGCGUACGGCACUCACUUGGCCUCGCAAGGAUUCGAGACAACUACAGGACUAGCUGCCAGUUGGUUGCUUGGUCUAGGCCUAUGGACUCUCAUAGAGUACAUUCUGCAUCGAUGCCUUUUCCAUCUUGACGACUAUCUACCAGACAACAGGGUCGGAAUUACACUGCACUUCCUGCUUCACGGUGUCCAUCACUAUCUACCAAUGGACAAGUAUCGUCUAGUGAUGCCUCCUGCCCUCUUUCUGGUACUUGCAACUCCCUUCUGGAAAUUGGCACAUUCUCUAUUCUUUUGGAAUUGGUAUCUAGCCACCGCUGUCUUUUGCGGUGGUAUCUUCGGCUAUAUCUGCUACGACUUGACGCAUUACUUCCUUCACCAUCAGAACCUCCCUCUCUGGUACAAGGACCUCAAGAAGUACCACCUUGCCCAUCAUUUCCUGGACUACGAGCUGGGCUUCGGCGUAACUAGCCGGUUCUGGGACCAAGUAUUUGGUACCGAGCUGGUAACAGUAGUCAAGGCAAAGUAGAUGUUACCGCUGCUUCGUCUAAGAGGCUUAUUUAAUCAAUACGGACAUGGCGAUACGAGUUGAUUGCUCACAAAGUGCAACGACUGAGGACCGGGUUCUCGGGGGCAGGGUCGGCAAAUCUGGCG